AUGUACGGCGCCCGCCCGACGUCGCCGUCGCCGGCUGCAGCGUUAUACGCGCAGCUUUCCGACGUGACGCUGGUGAACGACUUCCUGCGGCCCUGGGUGACCUCGGGCGACGCCAAGGCGGGCAUCGCUGGCGCAUACGUGCACACGGCCGACAUCUACUCUGCCGAUCCUGACGAGUUGGCGCGUAGGUUCCAGCCGGCCGUCUCUCUGGACGGUGAGCGCGUCUGGUACUUUCUUAGUCCGCUGCGCACCAAGAGCCCCCGCGAUCGGCGCAAGGUGCGUGCGGUCGCCGACGGCACAGGGUGCUGGCACAGCGAGGCCGCGCCCAAGAACGUCAUCAACCACCUCGACGGCGAACAUCACGUCGGCUACCGCCAGAGUUUUUCGUUCAUGCGUAGGGGCAACGCCGGUGCGGACGUCCGGGACGGCUGGAUCAUGGCCGAGUUCCACCUCCACAACCACGACGAGAACGGCCGCAGUAGAAAAGUCGAGGGCCUGGUCCUGUGUAAGAUGUACCGCAGCCCGCGCAACCGUGGUCCUGCAGUGGUGCCCAACGGCGACGAUGACGUGGCCACCGUCGUGUCGCUGUCGGCGGAAACAACUUUUUCUUGCGGGAAGAGCAAGGCGGUCGACGACGAGGACUCCAACACCAUGACGCCAAGAUGGCAACGGCAUAGCAAGAACUCGGACGGCGUGGCCACGGCCACAGCAAUGACAGCGCCUCUUCUCACGAAGAAGGCGGCAGGCAACGACGAGGUCUCUGGCAUGAUCACGGCCGUGGCACCCAGCCCCAAGAACAAGGCGGUGGUGGCGGAUGAUGAGGACUUGUUGGCGUCGCCGCGCGCACACAAGAAGAUGAGGAUGGCAGUGGCGGAUGCCGAGAGCUCCGGGGUGGCGUUGGCACUGAAGGCGACAGCCGCCGGCGCCCCGGCUGCGGCGGCCCAGCUGCACUGCCCCCAGUGCGGGUUCCACCUCGCCACUCCGCAGGCGCUCGUGACCCUAACCAAAUCCAAGUCUGUCGUGCCCCGCGCAGGAGAUUCAGAGCUCACAAGGGAAGAAGAACACCGAGCUGUGGGAUACUAG